AUGAGCGCAAAGCCUUCCUCUGCAGGUCCUGAUGCUUGGGAAGAUGAUUGGGAGAGCCAAGCCGAUAGAUUGUCCACCGACCCCACCCCGCCUUCGGAGAAGAAAGUCUCCUCCAAAGUCUCCAAGGCCCAACGCCGAGCACAACAGGCCGAGUUCAACCGCCAACUAUGGGCUGAAGCAGAAUCCCCCCAAACGUUUCACUUCCUCGAAUCCCGAUCCGACGUCCCUCUCAAGCAAGAAUAUAAACCCACCGUGACCCUUCUCAGUCGCAACCCGCCCUCGAAACAAUCGGCCGUCGACGCGACCACGGCUGGUGUCGGGCGACUAGGCCUGAAUCACGGCACCGAAGACGACUCGGAGGAGGAAUCCAAGCCGCCCGAGCCGACUCCCGAGGAACGCCAGGCCAUCGCCUUGCGCAACCGAGAGGAGAAGCAACGCAAAUACGAAGAGGUGCGCGAAAGGCUCUUCGGAAGUCCCUCCGCAACGACCUCAGGAGCAUCUUCCCCGCGCAGCGGAACCCCGCCAAAACAACACGAGGGCCGGGGCAAAGGGCGGAGUCGCGGGAACGGCAGAGAUAACAACAAUACCAACAACAACAGGGACAAAAGGGAUUCUUCUAGCACGUCCGGGAAAUCGAGACAGCUCUACGACCCAGCGUCGUCCUAUGUACCGCGGAAAGAGAGACCGCAGACGGCCGACCGGAGUCCAAAUGACCCGACAUCUCCCCGACAACCCAUUCGCAGUCCCCGAGGCCCAGAUGCUAGCGGUAGAGGUGGUUUCCGAUCUGGCAACCGAGGUGCAAGGGGCGGUUAA